AGAUCAGCUGUUCUGGAUCAGUUUGUUUGCUUCCCUGCCUGCCGUACGGCCUCCUAGCCACAGGGGCUGCUUUGGCCUCGGGAAGGCAUGUCUUCGAGCCAUGCGGGCAGGUGCCUGGCGGCUGGCAACGUGGCCGCCAUCACGGGCGCCUCUUCUGGCAUCGGGCGUGCCGUGGCGCGGCACUGCGCGAGGCUUGGCAUGAAGGUCUUCCUCGCCGACAACGACGAGGAGCAGCUGGCCGCUGCCCUGGCCGAGGUCUCCGGUCUGGCGGCCGGGGCCCCCAGCGACGUGGUCGCCGUGAAGACCGAUGUGUCCGACCCAGCUGCGGUGAAGCGCUUCCGAGAGGCGGCCUUCGCAGCCACCGGGGCGGUGCACUUCCUGAUGAACAACGCGGGCACCGGCGGCGGCGGCGGAGCCUUGGCCCCCCUCGCGGAUUGGCAGCGCACGGUGGCCGUCAACACAUGGGGCCCGAUCUAUGGGUGCCAGGAGUUCGUGCCCGCCAUGAAGGCCUGCGGUCAGCCUGGCCUGAUCGUGAAUACUGGCUCUAAGCAGGGUAUCACCAUGCCGCCAGGCAAUCUGGCCUACAACGUGUCGAAGGCUGCGUUGAAGGCGUACACGGAGGGGCUGGAACACGAGCUCCGGUCCGAGGAGGGCUGCAAGCUCGCGUCCGCUCUGUUGGUGCCAGGCUGGACGAACACCGAGAUCAUGCUCAAGUCGAAGCGUGAUGCGGCGGUGGGCUCGGGGCAGUCUUUCGAUCCCGACAGCGUGUUCUUCCACGAAGGGAAGCCCGCGGCUGGGGCUUGGAUGCCACAGCAGGUGGUGGACUACAUGCUGGCCGAGCUUGAAAAGGGACGAUUCUAUAUAAUUUGCCCGGACAACGACGUGGACCGGGAGACCGACAAUCUCCGCAUGACAUGGACGAUGCAAGACAUCACUCAGGAUCGGCCGCCCUUGAGCAGGUGGCACCCAGAUCACAAGGACGCCUUCACGGCCUUCCUGAGUGCUAGUAGGGGUGCAGGUACAUAGAUUGGCACCCAGGAUGCACAAGCGGCGCUGGGCGCGGAUGUGGCCGUGCCCUCUGGCGAGCCCAAGCGGGCGAGGUCGUGGGCCACCUCUGGUCAGCUACCGCCCUGCCACCUUCGUCACAGUGGGCGGGAAGCCGACAGAAUCGCCAAUCGCCAGGUGGACAAGGAAAUCGAGGAAAAAAAA